AUGGAUACCACAUUUGUUUUAACCGCGUUCAAAUCAUGGUACUAUAUAGCAGUCCACGAAUCGCUUGAACAGACUGUAGCCAACUUGAAAGGUUUAUGGAUUGACCGUUCGACUUGCCAGGUGAUAGAAUCGAGUACACCUAUGACAAAGGAGCUGCCUUUAUAUGAAUUGAGUUUGGAUGUCAUUUUGGGUAUAUUUCAAGUUGCCGGGUCAUACUGUUUGGCGCUUGUAACAAAAUCUGAAUUGGUUGCAGAUGUAUUUUUAGAUCAGGCUACAUGUUAUGGAAAAGAUACAAGCAAAAUAUAUGCUGUAAAGGCAGUGAAGUGUUUGUCAUUGGAACAUGAUUUGAUAGAUCCUUCUUCGGAGGAUUUUAUUAGACUUUCUUCAAAUUCUUCACAAGUUAUUGGUGAAAAUGACAACUUUGUGAGCAGGAUUGGUCAAGCAAAUACGGCAACUAGUUGGUUUUCAAACAUAAAGCUUCCUACUAAGGAUUAUGAAAACAACACGACGCAAGGCCAGCCUGACUUAGCACGGUCACUUCAGGGUUUAGAGCGUUUGUUAUCCAAUGGUUACUACUUUUCUUUUGAUACUGAUUUAACCCGUUCGCUGCAGAGAUUAGCAUUGGGCGGGUAUUUACCUAUACCAAAGAUUUCACUUGUCGCUAAUUUAACUGAAAGCAAUUUAUUGAGUACAAAUGAGAUUAACCCUUCUACACUCUGGGAUAUUGCGGAUAAAGGUUUCAAUUGGUCACAUUUUUUAGCUGAUAAUCUACCAAAACAUUGGAUUACACCAUUAAUUCAGGGAUAUGUGGGAUACUCUAUUAAUUAUGAAAAUGGAUCACGUGUAGAACUUUUACUUAUUGCCAGAAGAAGCAUUUUAAGAUCUGGAACACGUUUUUAUGCCAGAGGAAUCGACGAAUAUGGUAAUACUGCCAACUUCACAGAGAGUGAGCUUAGGGUUCGUGUUGAUGGCAAAGGAUGGAAAAGUUUCGUGCAAGUUAGAGGAUCUGUUCCAAUUUUCUGGAAACAAGAACUAAUUACAUCUCAUCCAGUUAUAACAAGAUCUUCUGAAUGCACUUUGGAAGCAUUUAAACGCCACAUUGAUAUAUUGCGUAAACUAUGUGAGGAACCCAGUAAAAUCUGCUGUGUGAAUCUUUUGGAAUUAAAAGAAGCAGAGCAGAUCCUUACAGACGCAUUUACUGAGCAAAUAAAACUUUACAACAGUGAUUGUGUAGAGCUUAUAAACUUUAAUUAUACAUCGCAAACAAAGUGGGCUCAUAUUAACACGGUGUUGAUUAAGUUCAUAUCUGAUAACUUGGCGCAACUAAUGGAAAAAAUGACUUAUUUUGAUAGUGAAUCAUAUAAAGCUCACAUUAUGGCCGACCAUAUUGGUGAAAAGAUGGAAUUAAUAUUGCAGAGAGGUCUUUUUAGGAUUAAUUGUCUCGAUUCUCUUGAUCGUACAAAUGGUAUGCAAUGGAUGAUAGCAUGGGUAUGGCUAACAAAAAUAAUAGAUCCUAAAGGGGAGUUAGGCCUUUUGGCAUAUAAACAGGAGGAGGAUGCACUUUUUCAGAAUUUUACAGAACUUUGGUGUGCCCACGGGGAUUCUAUAAGUAUUCAUUAUGCUGGUACUCCAUCUAUUCUUACAGAGCAGGUUAGACAAGGAAGGACUAAUUUUGGUAGCAUUAUACAUUUCGCAAAAACCAUGGUUGAUCGAGCAUAUACCUCUAUUUUUGAGGAUUGCUCUAGGCAAGAAUAUUUUGACAUAAUCCUUGGAACCCAUAAACAGUUACAUCCACAAAAUUCAAAGAAAAACCAUCUUGAUAAUAUCUACACUCCACCAACAGAAGUGAACCAGAGUGAAUUAAAGAUUUGGUGCGGGUCUUGGAAUAUUGGUGGUAAUAAUAUCUCAGAGGAUGAUGAUUUACAUGAUUGGAUUGGUGCAAAACGUGUACAAUCUGAUAUUUAUAUGUUUUGCUUGCAAGAAUUCGUUGAGCUUACAGCUGUUAAUGUAGUAAUAAACAAAACGGAUUAUUCCAAAGAGUUGCUUUUUAACAAUAAAAUAUCGAAUAUCCUCACAAUGUAUGGUUCUUACUCCAAAGUAAAAUCCGUUUCCAUGAUUGGUCUGUAUUUAGUAGUAUAUGCUAAAGAAUCAUUAAAACAGCAUAUUUACAACAUUGAUGUAACAAAUGUUAAAACGGGCCUUAAUUGCAAUGCUGGAAACAAGGGGGCUAUAGGGAUUAAGUUUAAUCUAUAUGGACAAAAAAUAGCGUUAAUAAAUGUACAUUUAAAUUCAGGAAAAACACCUCAGACAGGGCGUAUGGAUCUCCUACAGCAUAUUAUUCACAAUUCUUUCCAAGAGAAAGAAUACAAUUCCCUUUCUAACCAAGAUUUGUUCAUAAUUGGUGGGGAUUUCAAUUUCCAAGUUCAAUUGGACAAAUCUCAGACUAUAGAAUUGAUGAGAAGGAUGGAAUAUCAAAGAAUGUUGGAAUAUGAUGAGUUCCGGAUGGGGAAAAUGAUGGGCAUACACUUCCUGCGAAACCUGCAGGAAGCAGAUAUCGAUUUCCAACCUACAUACAAAUACAAAACUGGCACACAAUUCUAUACAUUCAAGAGGACCCCUGCAUGGUGUGAUCGCAUUAUUUAUGGUGGGCGCUCUAGUGGUUAUGAUACAAAUGAUGUACGGUCGCUGUAUUAUACUAGGCAUGAUCGCUUUUAUUCAAGUGAUCAUAAGCCAGUUUCUUCUGUAAUCGUGCUUAAGCUUAAGAAACGACCUGUGGACAGUGGUAGAAUUUCUAUAGAUGAACCACUCAUAGAAUUUUAA